CAUGUCAAAAGCAUGGAGCGAUACAAGGAAAUUUACAAACAAUCUGUGGAUGAUCCUAAAGCCUUUUGGAAAGAGAUUGCAAAGCAAUACUUCUGGCAUAAACAUCCAACCACAAUCCUGUCCUUCAACUUCAACCCAGAAAGUGGACCUAUUUUUAUCAAGUGGAUGGAAGGAGCUCAAACUAAUAUUUGUUAUAAUGUCUUGGAUAGGAUUGUAAAUGAAAAAAAUGGUGAAAAUACUGUUGCAUUUUACUGGGAAGGUAAUCUUCCUGGUGAUAAUAAAGCAAUCAGAUAUGGAGAACUAUUGUUGGAAGUUUGUAAGUUUGCAAAUGUUUUGAAGAAAAGAGGUAUUAGAAAGGGUGACAGAGUUGUCAUUUAUCUUCCUAUGAUCAUUGAGCUGGUGGUUGCCAUGCUGGCUUGCGCUAGGAUUGGAGCUGUUCACUCCAUUGUGUUCACUAGGCUUUCAUAUGAAGCUUUAGCAAAGCGUUUAGUGGACUUGCAGUGCUCCCUGCUGAUAACAGCAGAUGGUUACUACCGUGGUACCGACCUGUGGGAACUAAAAUCAAAUGCUGACGAAGCCAUGGCUAUUAGUGAACGAAAGGGACAUCAUGUGCCACUCAAUAUCGUAUUAAAACAUUUACACACACCAAACCAUCCCUGCAAUAUCCAGAUCAAUUGGAAUGACAGGGUGGAUGUUUGGUGGCACGAUGAGAUGAGGACAGCUGAGACGACUUGUGAACCAGAAUGGAUGGAUGCUGAAGAUCCUUUGUUUAUUCUCUACACCAGUGGUACAACUGGCAAGCCAAAAGGUGUUGUUCAUACAACAGCUGGUUACAUGCUGUAUACUGCAACAACGUUCAAGUAUGUUUUUGAUUAUCAUCCUGGUGAGGUGUACUGGUGUACGGCUGAUAUUGGUUGGAUCACUGGCCAUAGUUACAUCACCUACGGUCCAAUGGCAAAUGGUGCCACUUGUGUCAUAUUCGAAGGAGCACCAACUUAUCCUGAUCCCAGCAGAAUGUGGGAAAUAUGUCAGAGACUAGGGGUUGCCAAAUUUUACACAGCACCAACUGCCAUCAAAUCACUGAUGACAUAUGGGGAAGAAGCCGUGGAGGGAUACAAUCUUGAACUUUUGAAAGUUCUUGGCUCAGUUGGUGAACCAAUCAACCCGGAAACCUGGUGGUGGUUUCGUGAUGUUGUUGGCAAUGAACAAAGCUCUGUGGUUGAUACAUACUGGCAGACAGAAACGGGUGGACACGUGAUCACGCCUCUGCCUGGCGCUACUCCGAUGAAACCUGGGUCAGCGACUUUCCCGUUUUUUGGAAUCGUUCCAGCAAUUGUUAACGAACGCGGGGAAGUGUUAGAAGGGGAUUGUAAAGGAGUUCUGGUUUUCAAAGAACCCUGGCCUGGUAUGCUACGAACGCUUUAUGGUGACCACGAUCGCUUUGAAAAAGAUUACUUCAAGAAAUUCCCAGGAUAUUAUUACACUGGAGAUGUGUGCGAACGAGACAAAGAUGGAUAUUAUUGGAUAGUGGGUCGCGCGGAUGACUGCAUAAAUGUCUCAGGUCAUUUGCUCAGCACGGCUGAAAUUGAGAACGCGUUGGUCAAACAUGUGGCUGUUUCUGGAGCCGCUGUGGUUGGUUAUCAACAUAGAAUUAAAGGAAAUGGUAUAUUCUGUUAUACAACGUUGACGAAGGGAUACAAGUUUUCAGACGAACUGGUUGAAGAACUAAAAGCAAAAGUUCAGGAAAAGAUUGGAGCCUUCGCAACACCAGAUGUGAUACAAUUCGCCCCAGCCCUUCCUAAGACUCUCACGGGUAAGAUCAUGCGCCGUAUUCUACGAGAGCUGGCUAACGGCAAAGAAAAAUUUGACGAUCUGCCCGCGACUCUUGCAAAUCCUGAGAUUGUUGACGAAUUGCUGAAAUAUAGACCGACGAAUAUACCAGGGAUGUGAGUCAUUCAGUGACAAAGGAAAGGUUCUCACCGCGUUUAAGCUAAACGGGCUUGAUACAACCGGCCCCAGCAGGAUAACUUCCUUCACGAG